CACAAUGCCCCAAGACUGAGAGGACAGACCCCAUCGAAGAGACGCUACAAUGUCCAAACCACACAUCAAGGGGGACACAGACCGAGAGCAGGACCCUCCACCCAGUAAAGAAAUCUCCCUACCAGCACCACCGGUCACCACCCUCCCUUACCAAGAUUCUAUGGUCUAACCCGCAAAUACGGACAGUAGAGACUCUUCUCAACGAACUGACCUCAUUGUUGAAUUCAUUCUGGCCCAGUUUGGAUUAUAAGCGUGAACGAGAACCACGUACUCCCCUGGACUCCCAUCAACAAGAGACGCUCUAG